AUGUUAACUUGGGUGACAGAGAAGGCAAUAUACGAGGAAGUGGACCUCAAAAUUGAUCAUACCGACUUCUGGGACAGCCUCCAUGGCCAAGUCCCAGGGUUAUUGGACUGGGACUUGGGGAAUGAGUGCUUCCUGCGCUGCAUCACCACGCACUUAGCCCCCGCGGAGAAGAACCUUGUCAGAUAUAGAAUCCAGAUAGUUGCGCCCCCAACUCUACCUUUGGCUAUAAAGCCCAAUCCAGAUGGAGAUGGACCCAAUUUUGAGCCCAACCCAUGGAUGUGGGUAAACCCCAAUAUUGUGUACCCCCCUGGAGAGCUGGAGGUCCCAGUGCCUAGAAAGGAGGAAAAGCUGCCGCUCCCCUGCCAUCUGCUGCCCUCAGAAGAGGAAGAUUCCAGCUGCUCAGAUAUCACUGUGGUAGAGCCGCUGCUCCCUGCUUCCAGUGAGCAGUCUCCUCAGAAGAAAUGCUUUGCUUCUUCCCCCAGAAACCAGGAGCUCACAGAAGAGGAGGAGGCUGAGGACCAGGAUGACAGCUCCUCUGUGGCUCUCCCAUCCCCUCACCAAAGGGCCCCCCUCCAGAAUCAGAGGCUUCAGCAAAGCGACAGCCAGGAGGGGCGGCUCUGGCCCAGGCCCCCACUCAAUUACUUCCACCUAAUUGCCCUGGCAUUAAGAAACAGUCCCCCCUGUGGCCUCAACGUGCAACAGAUCUACAAUUUUGCUCGACAGCAUUUCCCUUUUUUCCGGACAGCUCCAGAAGGCUGGAAGAAUACAGUUCGCCACAACCUCUGUUUUCGGGAAAGUUUUGAAAAGGUGCCAGCUAGCAUGCAGGGUGAGGCCAGUACUCGGCCUCGGUCCUGCCUCUGGAGACUGACUGAGGAAGGUCACCAUCGCUUUGAGGAGGAGGCCCACACCUUUGACUCCACACGUCUGGAGCAAAUCCAGCAGUGCAUGAGCCAACCAGGUAUGAUGAACUUCCUCUUUGACUUUCUUUGA